AAGCAGUAGGAAUCUGCGGCUGCGUGAUGCUGUCACGUUGACAGGUCCCGGAAGACAACAUUUGCAUUUAGUUAGUUAGGUACCUGCUGCUGCUUGAGACAGGGAUGAUGAGAGAUGUUAAAACACUCUGCAGAGCUGACUGCAAAGUCAUAUAGAAAUUCUGACAGUGCUACACUUGCCUCCCAGACCAAACUAUCAACUUCCUCUGAGUGAGUCCAGCUACAGAGAGACAAGUAGAAAACUCCGACAUCGCUACUUCAACCUGCUGAAACUCCACACACUGAAUCUGCACUCACAGAAUCAAUGGCUUCCAAAUCAGAGGAGGAUCUCUGCUGUCCGGUCUGUCAGGACAUCUUUAGAGAUCCUGUUUUUCUGUCAUGCAGCCACAGCUUCUGUAAAGAUUGUCUGAAGAGCUGGUGGACGGAGAAACCAGCACGUGAGUGUCCAGUUUGUAAGAGAAGGUCUUCAAGAAUAGAACUGCCUGUAAACCUGGUGUUAAAGAACCUGUGUGAGUCCUUCUUACAAGAGAGACCCCAGAGAGCUUCAGAGACUCUCUGCAGUCUGCACUCUGAGAAACUCAGCCUCUUCUGUCUGGAUCAUCAGCAGCUAGUGUGUCUCAUCUGCAGAGACUCAGAAAAACACAGCAAGCACAGGUUCAGACCUAUCGAUGAAGCUGCACGACGACACAAGAAGGAACUCAAGGAAACUCUGGAGCUCUUAAAGAGGAAGUUAAAGGUUUCUGAACAAGUUAAAGUGGAGUUUGAUCAAGCAGCAGAACACAUUCAGUUCCAGGCCCGACACACAGAGAGGCAGAUUAAGGAGCAGUUUCAGAAGAUUCACCAAUUUUUAGAAAAGGAAGAGGAGGCCAGGAUGGCUGCACUGAGGGAGGAAGAGGAGCAGAAGAUUCAGAUGAUGAAGGAGAAGACGGAGGCUCUGAGCAGAGAGAUAGCAGCUCUGUCAGACACAGUCAGAGCCACAGAGGAGCAGCUGAAAGCUGAAGACCUCUCAUUCCUGCACAGCUACAAGGCUGCAGUGGAAAGAGUCCAGCAGCACCCCCUGCUGGAGGAGCCACAGCUGCCCUCAGGAGCUCUCAUAGACCAGGCCAAACACCUGGGCAACCUGGCCUUCACCAUCUGGAACAAGAUGAAGGACAUGGUCUCCUACACUCCUGUGGUCCUGGAUCCAAACUCUGCUGGUGCAGAACUCAUUCUGUCUGAAGAUCUGAAAAGUGUGAGACGAGGAGAGAGACAGAAGCUUCCUGACAAUCCAGAGAGGUUUAACACUGGCUCUGUCCUGGGCUCUGAAGGCUUUGACUCAGGGACUCACAGCUGGGAUGUCGAGGUUCGAGACAGCACAUACUGGGGACUGGGUAUGUUAGCAGAGUCUUUCCAGAGGAAGGGAGUCAUAAGCUCUGGAUUAUGGAUGAUAAACCUCUGUCAAGGUAAAUACAGAGCAUGGUCACCAGCAGCAGCUCCACCCAGUCUUCUCUUUGUAAAGAAGAAGCCCCAGAGGAUCAGAGUGAAUCUGGACUGGAACAGAGGGAAGCUGUCGUUCUCUGAUCCUGAUACUAAAACACACAUACACACAUUCACACACACAUUCACUGGCAGACUGUUUCCAUACUUUGUCAAUGUGCAUAACCUCCCAGUGAAGAUAUCACCAGUGAAGGUCUGUGUGACAGUGGAACAGAGCAGUUAGAGAUAAAGAGGGCGAUUAUAUUUUUAAUGCUGUUUAUUUCUUAGAGGGAAAGGUCACUUAAUUUCACCUGUUAAACUGCACCUGUCUUCCUGCUUCUCAUUGCUC